AUGUUUUCUUGCAGUAAAUUUACCUCCCCAGUCGCUAGGAGUAUUGUAAGUAAAAAAUUGGUGGGAUUUUGCAGAGUUUAUGGUGUAAAUUUACGAAAAUACACUAAUAUUUGUAGGUUGGCAAUGGUCGCGCACUAUCGCGGCCGCUCUCUACGGCCAUUCGUCCCCAGUCACAAGCUUUGGCAAUGGUAUGUACCCCGUAAAAGUGCUUGAGGUUAAACUAAACAACUUUAAAAACGCCAAGUAAAUGUUAAUUUCACCCAGGGUCAUUUUUUUAUCGUUGUGUUGAGCAGAUUUGCCGUUUAACGUAUUAACCGGCACGGCUUGUGCAACUGGUCGCUGAUUUUGCACGUGUAAUAUACUAGGUUUAGACGUCAUGAAAUGUUGGAAUGUUCACCGGGAAACUAUAGGAGCCUCGCAGUGUAGGAAACCGUCUUUAAGGAAUGUUAUAGCUUGCUUAGUCUAGUCUCUGCCACCCUUGGACCAGCAUUUUCGCCGUUUAGUCUUGGGGGUGGAUUCCGAGAGAAUCCAAUAUAGGAUUUAAUGUUGCACUCUUGAUUCCAGUGUUCAAACGAAUAUUUAUAAGGCAAGCAAGAUUAUGUGAAAUGAAUUACUCAGUUUAAACGUAUUCCCAAAGAAAAUUAACAAUUGACUUUCACAGAAUAGUGAGCAAUUUAAUAUAUUUUUUGAAAAUGUACAAACAGUGUGUAAAGUUUCUGUGUCGAUCUUAAGAUAAAGAAGAUUUUUUUUACAUUCAAUUUGUUACUUUUAUUGCAAUUUUGGAGUUGAUUAGUCUUUUUGGUUUGUUUCAGAAUGUUCAAUCCACGCCAAAGUAAGUAUGGCUUGUUCUUAACCCUUUUACUCCUAGUAGAUUAACAUGAAAUUCUCCCAAUAAUAUCCAUGCAUUUUUCAGCAAACAGGCAAUGAUAAUAUUGAAUCCUAUCAAGUAGAAACAGCUAUCUUGAUCCAGCACCAAGUUCUCAUAACUAAUUUGCAAGCAAAUGUGAAUCAGCUAAAGGGGAGAAUUAACUGUCAGAUUUUGGGAGUUAAAGGGUGAAAGUAAUUGUGUAGGGAAGAGACUGCUGGUUGAUCAGUUUUCAGCUGAGGUUUUCCUCCAUGUAGCAGGCACCCUUAAAAUUCUGUCUACUUUUGUUAUGUAUUUUUACUUUUAUCAUGAUUUGGAAGUGAAUGAUCUAAAAAUUGCCAAACUGCUUUGCAGAAAUCAAUGUUGUCAUUUUGACCAGACAAAAAAAAUGUGUUCUAAGUUAGAAUAUCGGAUUAUCAGUUCUCUUAAUGUUAUUGAUAAUGUUAAUGUUGUUUUUGGAAAAAUUUGGCUUUUUGUUUUGGAAGUGAAUUAUUCUAGAUGAUAAGGUGUCACAUUUUGCCUUACUGUAACUUUUUGCUUUCAGGAAUAUCUUUAAUUUGUCUCGUGCUGUCAUGUCAAGUCAGUUUCCUAGUAAGUUUGGCUGUAGUGUAAUAUUGUGUUGACUUUAAAUAAAUGGAGCAAUACGUCCAGUCUUCUCUCUUAGAGAUAACCACCUACUUCCUUGUAAGCGGAUUGUAUCUUUAUUUAUGUCCUGUCUCAAGACAAAAAUAUUCUUGAUUUCUGUUGUUUAUUCAUAACGAUUGUUGCCUUAUUGUGCAAUUUUCAGGUAUCCAAAAAGAUAAUGUUCAAAUGAAGGUGAGUCAAGGACUGGUUUUCUCCAAGAGAGGUCAUAACUGAAAACCCUUGAAGUAACUCUCUCUAGUCAUUUUUGAAAGUUUGUAAAAAACUGACUUUGGUUUGUGGCAUUCAGUUUGCUGUGGCAAAUAAGGAGUUCCUUUUCCUAGAGACGCAGUUUUUUAUGAAGUAAUACCAUCUAGCUGAAGUGUCAGCUUCCCAGUUUCUUAGUAAUUCUUUUGUUGGAGAAGAUUUAAAAGACACCUUGUGAUUUUAGUUACUGAGUAACCAUUCUGGCAUGACUAUGUGCAACAGUACAUGUAAACAAUGCUUUUUUGGUACAAUGAUUGUAUAUGUUGAUAUAUUUUUCUUUUCUUUUUCUUUUUUCAGGCUUUCCCUUCCUCUCCCAUGUUAUCUGUGGCCUGCCGAGGCUUUCAGACAAGUUCUCAGGUACAGGAUGUUGAUUCUGCUGCUAAAUUCAUUGGUGCUGGAGCAGCUACUGUCGGUGUAGCAGGUCAGUCAAUUACUUGAAGAGUUAAACCUUUGCAACUUAGGAAAGGUAGGGUAAUAAAAAAACUGACAUGAAAGCAGAAGCCCAUUUGGUAACACUCUGACACUAUGGUAAUUGCACUACUAAGUGCUGAGCAGCCGUAGAGCAAGCUUGAAUUCAAUCAUGCCAGUGUCUUGGGAAAGGAUGGCUGGAAAUAUUUUAUGUGGCAUAUUUCAUUUGCUUGCUUUACAUUAAAAGUUUUGUUUCCUCUUUUCAAAUUGUCUUCUGACUUUGAAAUUGUUUUUCUUAUUCUUCAGGUAGUGGAGCUGGUAUUGGUACAGUGUUUGGCAGUCUGAUCAUCGGUUAUGCCAGGAAUCCUUCCCUGAAGCAACAGCUCUUCUCAUACGCCAUUCUUGGCUUUGCUUUGUCUGAAGCUAUGGGUCUUUUCUGCUUGAUGAUGGCAUUUUUAAUCCUGUUUGCCUUGUAA